AUGAGAGUGAUUCGGUUUCCUCUCACCAGCCGAGAGGUUCCAUCAUAUAUCCUUGUGAAGCUUUACCUAGGAAGGACCGACCAUUGGCAGCGUCGUCCGUCGCGUGAUGACCAAGAUGUGCUCGUUGAGACCUUCAAGGAUCUAACGGGGCGCUCACUAUGGUCCUCGGUUCCGGCUACCCACGGCACUCGAAGUAGUGAUAUAUACCUCCUCAAAAAGGCCUAUCCUGUUGGUAAUGGGAAACUUGGAGCAAUACCUCAUGGGCCCCCUGGUUCAGAAAAAAGCUACUCAGGUGGCAACCCGCCAUCUCCGAAACACGAAGCCUUACCGGGCUUGCGAGCCAACAUCUUCGCAAAUGGCACUGGACACGUCGAUCCUAUCCUGGGCAAAGGCGACCAUUUCGGUGCAUACCGAACACUGGGCAACUUCAGUGUUGUUGUCGAAGAAAUGGGCGACUUUUCUGACUAUCGCCGGACGCUCGACUUGACCACAGGUAUACAUACUACUGAAUUUGACACCGGUGAAGCUACCUUUACUACUGUCGUCUACUGCAGCUUUCCAGCAAAGAAAACACUCACAAUCGUCAUUGGGGCAGAGACGAACUUUGAUCAGUCCAAAGGCAAUGCGGAAAGUGGCUACAGUUUCCGUGGCGUGGAUCCUCACGAAUAUGUCGAACAAGUAACCAAUGACGCUGCAACACAAGGUCGCCGGACACUUCUCGAAGGUCACCUUGAAGACUAUCAGACUCUUCAAGGUGCUUUUACUUUUGAUCUCCCCGAUCCGAACAAGUCGGCGCAAAAAGAGACCGCUGCACUCAUCCAAGAGUAUGAUUCGGACGGUCCAGGAGAUCCCUUUUUGGAAGCUCUCUUGUUCGACUACGCUCGACAUCUUCUCAUCACAUCAUCGCGAGAAGAUUCCCUUCCGGCCAACCUGGCUGGGCGGUGGACGGAAGAACUUUGGCCGGCUUGGAGUGGUGAUUACCAUGCCAACAUCAACCUCCAAAUGAACUACUGGGCUGCUGACCAGACAGGGCUCAGUCGGACCCAAGACGCGCUUUGGAACUACAUGGAGAAAAACUGGGUACCUCGUGGCUCUGAGACGGCACAGCUUCUUUACAACGCCAGUGGCUGGGUUGUGCACAACGAGAUGAAUAUUUUCGGACAUACAGCCAUGAAAAACGCUGCCAGCUGGGCAUUCUAUCCGGCCGCUCCCGCAUGGAUGAUGCAGCACGUUUGGGACAAUUUUGAUUACACACAAGACAUCGGCUGGUUCAGGGAUCAAGGAUAUCCUCUGAUUAAGGGAGUUGCGGAGUUCUGGCUCUCUCAGCUGGUCGAAGACAAAUUCAGCAACGAUGGAACACUGGUCGUCAAUCCGUGCAAUAGCCCGGAGCAUGGGCCAACAACUUUUGGAUGCACCCACUAUCAGCAAGAGAUUCAUCGCGUGUUCGAUACAGUCUUAUCUGGCGCUGAAUACGUUCGGGAAGACGAUACUGGCUUUCUUGAAGAUGUCAAGUUGAGCCUCAAAAAGCUGGACAAAGGCCUUCAUUUCACUAACUGGGGAGGCAUCAAGGAAUGGAAGCUUCCGGAUUCUUUCGGUUUUGAAGAAAAGACUACGCAUCGCCAUCUUUCUCAUUUGACAGGUUGGCAUCCAGGAUAUUCGGUUUCAUCUUAUCUAGGCGGCUAUACGAAUGUCACGAUUCAGUCAGGCGUCAGGAAGACGCUGGAGUCUCGUGGCAAUGGCAACGGGCCCGAUGCGAACGCUGCCUGGGGCAAGGUCUGGCGGUCUGCUUGCUGGGCGCGUUUGAACAACACAGACAUGGCGCACUAUCAUCUCCGCUAUGCGAUUGAUGUCAACUUUGCCGACAAUGGUUUCAGCAUGUACUCGGCGCGCAAUGAACCGUUCCAAAUUGACGCCAAUUUCGGGCUCGCGGGAGCGAUACUGAGUAUGCUGGUGGUCGACCUACCCCUGGCGCACGAUGCUCCCUCUCAAGAAAUCAGAUCGGUGGUCCUUGGGCCUGCGAUCCCCGCAUCCUGGGCCGGUGGCAGUGUCAAAGGACUUCGUCUUCGAGGAGGUGGCGCAGUUGAUUUUAGCUGGAACGACGAUGGAUUAGUCACUGCAGCGGCAUUAACUGGAUCCCGAACGACAGUGAGGCUCGUAAAUGUCGAGGGUACAGUUUUGUAA